UAACAUAAAAUAAAUAAAAUUAUUACAUUGAAUCGCACAUCACCUUUUGACAAAAUGAGAUGUGAUCAAACUUGUCAAACGCAGGGUUGAAAAGAAUAUGGAUGCAAAAAGUAAGAGCUUAGAAUCAUCACUUACAGUUCCAAGUGUUCAAGAAUUAUCACUUCAAAAUCCACAAAAAGUGCCACAAAGAUACAUAAGAGAUGAUGCUGAUCAUGAUUUCUGCACUUUUCCUUCUUCUGAUCCAUCUCUUACAAUACCCUUGAUUGAUAAGGCUAAGUUGGUCAACACAGACACACAACAAGAUGAACUUCACAAGCUUCACCUUGCUUGUAAACACUGGGGUGUUUUUCAGAUGCUAAAUCAUGGAGUUUCAUCUGUUAAUAAUAUGGGGAAUGAAGUUAAGAGAUUUUUUGAACUUCCUUUACAAGAGAAAACAAGAUGGGCACAAAAAGCAGGAAGUCUUGAAGGGUAUGGUCAAGCAUUUGUUACAUCUCAAGAACAAAAGCUUGAUUGGAAUGACAUGAUCUUCCUCAAAUCUUUACCUAUUCAAAACAGAAAACUGGACUUGUGGCCUCAAAAUCCUCCCGAGUUCAGGGAAACAUUAGAAAAAUAUUCAGAAGAUAUAAGGGAUGAAGCAAUAUCAAUAGUGAGUUUCAUUACAUUGGCUUUAGGACUCGAGGAUACAAAAAUGUCAGAAAGUUUCCACGAAGGACUAUAUGACAUUAGGAUGAACUGCUAUCCACCUUGUCCAGAGCCUGAAAGAGUUCUUGGGAUCAUUCCUCAUGCCGACAAUUCUGCAAUCACUCUUUUGGUUGAUUUUGGUGAUUUUCCAGGACUGCAGUUUCUCAAAGAUGAAAAAUGGGUCAGUGUUGAACCAAUAGACGGAGCCAUUGUUGUUAACAUUGGCCAUAUAAUUGAGGUUUGUAAUUUUUUUACUGAUAAGCUAGCAUGGAAACAGACACGGACAUCGAAUACCGACACGUCGACACUGGUUAUGACAAAUGGAAUAUACAAAGCACCAGAGCACAGAGCUGUUGUAAAUAAAGAGAAGGAAAGAUUGUCAAUAGUGACAUUCUGCUAUCCAAGUCCUUCUAUAGAUAUUGGACCUGUUAAGAAGUUAACUGAUGAAGGUAACCAACAAGCAUACAAGAACAUGACAAAUGCAGAAUACUUCAACAGGUUUUUCAAUAGGAAGCUCGAUGAAUCCUUUAUUGAUAGUUUGAGAUUAUGAUUAUAGUUAAUGUUGCUUAUUUGUACAACUCUUCCUUAAUUAAUAUAAAUACACUUCAAAGUCAUAGCUGAAGUAACUUGUUCCA